UUCCCCAUUUCUACAAUGUUUUAUUUGAUUAUGUUUUCAGGUAGCCAGCUUGCUUCUCUGGUGAUGUGGAUGAAUGCCGUGCUUCCUAACCUUAAUCUGCCUUCAGAAACUUCAGAGGAGGAAUUGAGAGAAUGGUUGAGGGAUGGAUCUUUAUUAUGCAGCCUUUUGGACCAGCUGGUUCCUGGUUCAUUGGAAGGACGUGGAUAUUUGAAUGAGCCAGUGGGCCGCAUUAAAAAGUUUCUAAUGUCUUUGGAUGAAUUGGGAUUGUCUAGAUUUGAAUUGUCAGACCUGGAGCAGGGAUCCAUGGUGCCUGUCUUACAAUCUCUUGAGACAUUGAAAACUCAAUUUGCUUUCAAUGCUGCUCGGGAAAAUAUCCAAAGUUUUUCUAGGAAGAGGUGGGGCCAGUCAGAUCAAACAUCCCUUGAGGAAAAUGAUAGUUGUCUCAAGGAUACUUUGAAAUUCCGACAUGCUAUCGAUGGUUCUUUUGUUUAUGGAGGAAUUGCUGCCAAAGACCAAAAUGGGUUGAAGUCUAGUGAACUGUUCCAGUUGAAGCAAGGACUGCCCUUAGAUCUUUCAGAUGCUAAACUUAUGGAAUUAUUAAAAUCAAACAAUUUGGAUUGUGUAUCAACUCGAUCGCUCUUUAAUAUAGGGAAUGCGAUCCUCAGUGAUAUCUUUGAAAGGAAGAAUGGAGAUGUACCCCAAGCUCAACGUGCAGGUUGCCUGUUGAAGAAAAUUCUGCAAGUCAUUGAGUUGCGUGUUUCACAUCAAGCAGAAAGCAUAAAAAAUGUAACAUUAACUUUAUAUGUGGUUGCAAGUUGGGUUCAGCAAUUGAAGGUUUCUCUGCAGCUUGAACAAAGUAAAUUUGAGGAGAAGAAGAAACUUGAAGAACAGGAUUUUUCUCGAUUAAAGAAAGAAAAAGUUCGUAAUGAAAUUGAAGUUUCUACACUGAAGCAAGAACUGGAAAUGAUCAAAAGAACACAUGAAGAACAUGUUUUGCAGCUAGAAUCACAAGCUAUUGAAUCUAAAGUUGAGUACUUGAAAAGAAUAUCCGAACUUGAAAGUGUUCUUGCUGAUGCAAGGAAGCAAGUGAAGGAAUUGGAGGCAUUUUCAGAAUCCAGAUCUGUGAAUUGGAAGAAUAAGGAGCGUACUUACCUAAGUUUUGUCGAUUGCCAAUCUAGAGCUUUUCAGGAAUUGAGAGCUGCAAUGAAAUCUGUCAAAAAUGAAGUGUUAAAAACAAAAAGAAGCUACUUAGAGGAUUUCAAGUACUUUGGAACCAAACUCAAAGGUCUAGCUGAUGCUGCUGAAAAUUAUCACGUAGUUCUUGCUGAAAAUAGAAAAUUGUAUAAUGAAGUUCAAGAUUUGAAAGGAAAUAUUAGGGUAUAUUGCCGAAUUAGACCCUUUCUUCCGGGACAAAAUCAAAAUCAUUCAACCAUUGAGUUUGCGGGUGAGGAUGGAGAACUAAUUGUCAGUAAUCCUCUCAAACAAGGAAAAGAUAGUCGCAAGCUUUUUAAAUUUAACAAGGUUUUUGGUCAAGCUGCAAGUCAAGAAGAAGUUUUCAGGGAUACUCAACCGUUAAUUCGUUCUGUUCUUGACGGUUACAAUGUUUGUAUAUUUGCAUAUGGUCAAACUGGUGCUGGAAAAACAUAUACAAUGAGUGGACCUUCCUUAUCGUCAAAAUCAGAUUGGGGAGUCAACUAUCGGGCGCUACAUGAUCUUUUCCAUAUCUCCCAUAGCAGAAGGAACUCUAUCAUGUAUGAAAUUGGUGUUCAAAUGGUUGAGAUUUAUAAUGAACAAGUUCGUGAUUUACUAUCAACCAAUGGCCCUCAAAAGAGACUUGGGAUUUGGAAUACAACCCAACCAAAUGGGUUGGCAGUUCCUGAUGCAAGUAUGCACUCUGUAAAUUCAAUGACAGAUGUCCUUGAGUUGAUGAAUAUCGGGAUGACAAAUCGGGCUACAAGUGCCACAGCCUUAAAUGAAAGGAGUAGUAGAUCACAUAGUGUUCUCUCCAUUCAUGUUCGGGGAACGGAUUUGAAGACCAACACUCUCUUUCGUGGGUGUCUACAUCUAGUAGAUCUUGCUGGAAGUGAAAGAGUAGAUCGUUCUGAAGCAACAGGAGAUAGGCUUAAGGAGGCACAACAUAUAAACAAAUCACUUUCAGCACUUGGAGAUGUGAUAUUUGCUCUAGCACAGAAGAGUUCACAUGUGCCAUAUAGAAAUAGUAAACUGACUCAACUUCUUCAGAGUUCAUUAGGUGGUCAAGCAAAAACCCUUAUGUUUGUACAACUUAAUCCUGAUGUCGCUUCAUAUUCUGAAACUAUAAGUACCUUGAAGUUUGCUGAGAGGGUUUCUGGUGUGGAGCUUGGCGCUGCUCGUAGCAACAAAGAGGGCAAGGAUGUGAGAGAACUUAUGGAACAGGUGUCGUUUCUCAAGGAUGCAAUUACAAGGAAGGAUGAAGAAAUUGAGCGGUUGCAGUCGGUCAAGGUUAAUAACAAUGGUGCAAAGCUUGGUACGAUCUCACCCAGGCAUGUCCCAUCAUCUCCGAGAAGACACUCAAUGGGGACUCCUCGGCAUAGCUUGAGGCACUCGGGAACAAGGAGCAUUGGAGCCCGUGACAAAGCAACUUCUGAUGCUGAAAAUUGCUCUGAGUAUAGUGACAGGCAAUCAGAAGCUGGUUCUCCUCGAUCGUUGGAUGAUGAUUUCAGGCACAAGUCCAGUUCCCUACAAAUGAAACUAGCCAGAGAAGAUAAUCAUCAAAAUUUCAAUGAGGACAUUGACCUCUUAGGAUUUGGAGAUGCAGAUUCAGAAGAGCGAUUAAGUGACAUAUCUGAUGGCGGUCUUUCAAUGGGUACAGAAACCGAUUCAAUCAGCAGUAUUGUUGAGUACACUCUUUUCCCUGAAGUCGAGAAGGCAGCUGAAACCACACCAGCAAAGAACACAACAGUGGACGACCUUCCACCUCAGAGCACGGGAAAGCCUAUCAUUCCAUCCAAAAUUCCCAAAGCCCCGCAAGUUGCAUCGAAACUGCCAACGAAAUCUUCUAGGCUAUCAUUGAACAGAACCCACACAAUGUCAAAUUCAAGUGUUAGAAAACAGACAGCUGGUAGCUCUUCUUCGGCGAAGCCCCUCAAAAGAUGGCAAUAGUUAGGAUACAACUUGGAUGCUGUAGAAAGAUUAGGGCCAUAGGAACUUUUUAUUCAUGUUAGGUGCUUAUUAUAUUAUUCUGCACCCAAGGCUGAGUUAUAGCUCAUUUCAGCCUCAAUCUAUUAUUUAGUGAGGCGAUUGCAAACCCUAGCUUGUAUCUAGUUUGUAUUUAAGCAUCGCGAUCUUUUCUGUGAGAUUGUGAGAAUCGUUCAAGACAUAACUCAACUGAUUAAAAUCUACGUCUGUAUGUAUCUUUGUUGUUUUAUGCUUAUGACAUAUGUAGCCA